UGAUAUAAGGGGAACAUGUCUUCGAUAGUCGGGGAUUAUUGUGACUACAACAUUGGAGACUACGAUUGUAGUGAGGGGUUUUAUGGCUACAAAGUUGAGGGAGAUUGCGGAAGUUAUGAAAAUAGCCAUGAUAAAAACUUGGGCAGAUUUGAGAGUUACGAUUUUGAGGAAGAAAAUAAGGUGAAUGAAGUGCCUAGUACUUAUGGGGAACUUGGAGAUAAUGUAGGACCUUGUGAUGGAUCUUAUGAUGACGUUGGGGCAUGUGAGGAGUCUUACAAUUCUCACUCCGAACCUAGAUUUGGUGUUAGGUAUAACCCUUUCGUUCGCAAAGCUUAUGAGAGCUAUGAUGAGAGUGCACGUGGGGAGUGUGAAGAUUCAUAUUCUCCACCUUGUAGUACUUUUUAUCAAGGUCAAUAUAGUGUGAAUGGUUAUACUAGCUCUGGUGGAGGUUGUCCAACGAAAAGAAGAGGGUAUGAAUCUCCAAAACCGAGGGGUACUCGUGUGCCUUACAAUACUGCUCCGAGAAGGAGUGUACACUCCGAAAAAGUGACCAUUUGUGGGAUACCGGGCUGCCUCGUUGUGUUAAAUGGUAGGUACUAUAGGAACUACAUCCUUCCAUCCAUGGUUGACUACUUGGGGUUGUUUUGCGAGCCUUUACUUGUUCCAUACUUCUUGGACGGAUUUAAGGUUACCGAGAGGGUCAAAGUCAUCUUGUCCCAAUUUGAAUACCAUGAAGAGGUGUGGUGCGAUAUUCUUCCCUUGACAUACGGUCAUGUAUGCUUAGGUGCUGAUUGGUUUGCACAACAUAGAGUUCCAAAUGUGUAAAAUUGGCCUAAUGUUGUAAGAAAUCGGUGGGGAAAUCACCUCGUGACCUAUAUGCUGCCCGAGCCGCAAAGAGAAGUGAAUACUUACUUCAAUCCGAAAGCUUACGAGAGACAAAAUAUUAAUAUGAGUAAGGGUAUGCAAUGUGGUAAUCCGAGAGCAGAAAAAUGAGAGGUUGUGUGGAGCGAAGUGAGGGGAUUGCCACCAAAUCGAGCUAACAUUGUUUGUCCUUCUAUUUCUAAGGACAUUUGUGUAGGUACGGACAUGGCAAGCGAAUGAGAGAAAUGCCGAUUUGCUGCCCAAGCUUAUGGAGAACCUUCGCAACAUGGCAAAGGAGAGUCUACUCAAAAACUUCAAGGUUUGGAUUCGAGUUUGAAUCCUUUUCAAGAAGGGGAGGAUGAUACAAGAAUAAUGGUCGUCUUAGCUUUUGACGACAUCAUUCAAAGUCACUCUAUCAAGAAUCAAGCUUUGGUCACAUGGAGGGCACGGGAUCAUACUUGGAGGGGACUUUUUGAGCCUACCAUUGAUCAAACCCAAGUGUGGAAGAUUGCUUGGAGCCUUGAAGACUUGAGGACUCUCGGGUUUGGACCACCUUUGUUGGUUCAAGGUUUUGGUUCCCUUUAUUAAGGGCAUUUU